CUUGCGCGCCGCCGCUGCGGACGGAGAUGUUCCUCUGCUGACGGCCGACCCUCCGCACAACGUAUCCUCCAGAAGAGCAUUCUGCUCCCACCACAAUGCGGUUGUUCUGGCUGUUGCUGCUUUGCAUCUGUUGGCCAUUGCCCGUGUUUGCUGGAGGCAUCACCCGAGUCUAUUACCUGGGGAUCCAUGAGGUGGACUGGAAUUACGCUCCAACAGGAAUGAAUAUGAUCAGCAACCAAAGCAUCGCACGUAGCCUAAAGGCCUCAGUGUUCCUCCAGCCUGGCAAGGACAGGAUAGGAAGUACCUACAAGAAAUCUGUCUACAAGCAAUACACAGACUCUACCUACACUGCUGAGAUUCCCAAACCGGCGUGGCUGGGGUUCCUCGGGCCCAUCAUCCGAGCAGAAGUGGGUGAUACCAUUAAAGUACACUUGAAAAACUUUGCUAGUCGGCCGUAUACAAUCCAUCCUCACGGUGUCUUCUACGAGAAGGACUCUGAAGGAUCCCUGUAUCCCGAUAUGUCCCCCCAGGAUCAGAAGAAGGAUGAUGCUGUCUUCCCAGGGGGGAGUUACACCUACACUUGGACUGUCCCUGAAGAUCACAGCCCAACAGCUGAUGAUCCGAACUGCUUGACCUGGAUCUAUCACUCUCACAUUGAUGCACCAAAAGACAUUGCAUCUGGGUUAAUUGGGCCGUUGGUAACAUGCAAGGAAGGAAUACUGACAGGCACUUCUCAAAGGCGCCAGGAUGUGGAUGUUGACUUCUUCCUUAUGUUCAGUGUGGUGGAUGAGAAUCUAAGCUGGUACUUGGAUGAGAACAUUGCAUCAUUCUGCACAGAUCCGGGAUCUGUAGACAAGGAAGAUGAGGAAUUUCAAGAGAGCAACAAAAUGCAUGCUAUCAAUGGUUAUGUGUUUGGGAAUCUCCCUGCGCUGACAAUGUGUGCCGGGGAUCAUGUUGCAUGGCACCUCUUUGGCAUGGGCAAUGAAAUUGACAUUCACACAGCCUACUUCCAUGGAGAAACACUCAGCAUUCGAGACCAUAGGACAGAUGUGGCCAGCCUCUUCCCAGCCACUUUUGUUACAGCAGACAUGAUCCCUGGUAACCCUGGGAGAUGGCUCCUGAGCUGUCAGCUCAAUGAUCACAUACAAGCUGGGAUGGCUGCCAUCUAUGAAGUCCGGCCGUGUUCUCGACAAGCUCCGGAGCCCACCCUGCAGGGCAGAAUUCGGAAGUACUACAUAGCUGCAAAGGAGGUGCAGUGGGACUACGGACCUUCAGGACAGGACCGCAGCAGUGGGAAACAGCUGAGUGAGGUGGGCAGCCCUGCUGAGCAGUUUUUCAAGCGUAGCCUCUACCGAAUCGGAGGAGUCUAUUGGAAGGUGAAGUAUGUGGAAUAUACUGAUGAGAGCUUCCGUGAGGAAAAGCAGCAGUCUGAAGAUGAGAAACACCUUGGGAUACUUGGUCCUGUAAUAAAAGCUGAAGUUGGUGACACCAUCCUGGUGACGUUUGCUAACAAAGCCUCCUGGCCAUUCAGCAUCCAGCCUCAUGGAGUAUCCUAUGGGAAGGCAUGGGAAGGGAUGCUGUACCAUGAUGGUGUGUCCCGAAAUGGGGUGUCUGUUCCACCUCUGCACAACUUCACAUACACUUGGACUGUACCGAAGCAUGCUGGGCCAACAUCCAGCGACCCUCCCUGCCUGAGCUGGAUGUACAGCUCUGCUGUGGACCCCAUCAGGGACACCAGCUCGGGCUUGGUAGGCCCUCUGGUCAUCUGCAAGCCAGGCACUUUGGAUGACAACAACAAACAGAAAGGUAUCGACAAAGAAUUUUACCUUCUCUUCAGUGUGUUUGAUGAGAACCUCAGCUGGUAUUUAAGUGCAAACAUAAAGUACUAUUUGAGGAUGGAAGAGACUUCUCUGAAAAAGGAUGAUGGCUUUGAGGAAUCGAACAGGAUGCAUGCCAUCAAUGGAUAUAUGUUUGGUAACUUGCCUGGGCUGGAUAUAUGUGAAGGAGACAAUGUGUCUUGGCACCUUCUGGGAUUGGGCAGUGAAGCAGACGUACACAGAGCUGUGUUUCAGGGAAACACUCUGCAGAUGAAUGGGAUGAGGAAAGAUUCGGCCAACCUAUUCCCCCAUACAUUUGCAACUGCCUUUAUGCAACCUGACAACAAGGGGACUUUUGAGAUCUACUGCCAGACGAGCAAUCAUUACCAGGCUGGAAUGAGGGAGCAGUACUCAGUUUCCAAUUGCAACAGGAGGGCUCUGUCUCCCGCUCUCCCAUACAGAGCGGUGCGCACCUACUACGUAGCGGCAGAGGAGGUGGAGUGGGACUACGCGCCAGACCGGGGCUGGGAGAGAGAGCGGCACAACCACUCUGCUGAGAGCUACGCCGAUAUAUUUUUGAGCAAUAAGGAUGGACUGAUUGGCUCCAGGUACAAGAAAGCAGUUUACAGGGAGUACACAGAUGGGACUUUCCAGACACCUAAGGCUAGGACAAAUGGUGACGAACAUCUGGGGAUACUAGGUCCCUUUCUGUGGGCAGAAGUGGGAGAGAUUCUCAAUGUUGUAUUCAAGAACAAUGCUUCACGACCCUAUUCCAUUCAUGCCCACGGGGUGCUGGAAAGGCAGACAGGACAGCCACAGGUAGCACGUCCUGGUGACAUAGUGACAUACCAGUGGGAAAUUCCUGAGAGGUCUGGUCCAGGGCCGGAUGAUUCAGCCUGUGUCCCUUGGAUCUACUACUCCAUGGUAGACCCUGUGAAGGAUAUGUACAGCGGUCUGAUUGGACCCCUGAAGGUCUGCAGGAAAGGGACGCUGCGAGCUGAUGGGAUCAGGAAGGACGUGAAGAGGGAGUUUGCUCUCCUGUUCCUGGUUUUUGAUGAAAAUCAGUCCUGGUACUUAGAGGAGAACGUGCAGCAUUACAGCAGUGGAAGUCAGAAGGAUAUUGACCUGUUGGAUGAGAAGUUUGUGGAAAGCAACAAAAUGCACGCAAUCAAUGGGAGGCUCUAUGCAAACUUGCCUGGGCUGACCAUGUUUGAAGGAGAGUGGGUGAACUGGUACCUGCUGGGAAUGGGACAGGAGAUCGAUGUCCACACGGUCCAUUUUCAUGCCGAGACCUUCAUAUACAAGAGUGGCAAAAGCUACAGAGCAGAUGUUGUGGAUCUCUUUCCUGGGACCUUUGAAAUGGUGGAGAUGCUGGCCGGGAACCCUGGGACGUGGCUGCUUCACUGCCAUGUGUCUGAUCAUAUUCAUGCUGGCAUGGAGAUACUCUUCCAAGUCUUGCCCAGACAAGAGCCAGUGCCUGCAGUUUUGAACUACAAUGAAGGGACACAACCUGAGGAUGAGGAUGACUCCCAGAAGGUCAGGCUUUUUGGAGCGAAGUUGCCUCUAGGGCAAGUAGAAGCUGCAGUCAUUAUUCUAGCCGUUACAGGAUUGGUCCUCCUCCUGAUUGCUGCCUUCCUCUUGGGAGUCGUCAUCUACCUCCGGAGGCAAAGGAAGCUGAGACGCAACCGGAGGUCUAUUCUGGAUGAUGGAUUCAAACUCAUGUCUAAAAAGAACUCGGGGCUAUAACAGCCACAUACGAACUCUGGCUGUGUCCACAUUGUGAACCUUGUCUGCAGCAAAGACUUCAGAGCAUCACUUCCAUUGCACACUGGGCUUCUAGGAGCCAAGGCGGGGAACCCUUUCCAUUGAAUUAAGACAAACAAUGGGAGUAAAAGGUCCUUCUAAAAUACUUCUCAUCCACAAGAAAGGAAAGAAUUCCCCUAUUUUCUUCUCUCCAGAACAGAUUUGGUCUUCAGUAGAAGCUCUUGGAAAUCCAGUCUUACUCCAUUGCCAGAGCUGAGUUGGGCAUUGCCUCACAGCCUCACAACCAAACUGUGAGCCUUUAUUCCUCCUCCCUUCUCCCUCCCCCCCCAGUUAACUUAAUCUGUGGAUCUGUGGUUUUAAGUAUGGAUUUAUUUCUGAUGAAUCAAGAAAGAAUGCAGUAGACAAAACUUUAAUUUAGAGUUGGAUUGCUGUUUUUUGAUGAGUAAUUGGACAGACGCAAGUUCAGGGCAAAGCAUGUCACAGUGUCUGAGAGCUACAUUGUGGAGCACGGCAACAGCUGUGCCUCACAAUCAGCCUUGCUGAUGCAUCCUUGUGCAGCACCAUGGGCAGUGUGUUCUGAGCACAGGUGUCUUGUGCUGGGAGAUGAAGCUUCCCUGUGCUGCAGAGCAUCUGGUGACUUCCCCCUGCCACAGUUCUGCUGGUGAAGUGCUGCACCUCAGUAUCUGUACAGCUCCUUUGCAGCAGGAUUGAGGCUGCUGUGCUGUUCUGUGGUGUGGCUUGCUCUCAUACAUUUCCCUGUAGUUCUCUCAGUUCAACUGCUGCCACGUGGCUGCCAUGAGCCGAGCCAGAAGCUCAGUGCAGUGUGACCUGGGGUUUGUGCUUGUGGCAGAAGUAUGAGAGGGCUUCCACUGACAGUGUCAGCAGUGUGCUGCUGUGACAGCCCUGGGAGGGGCUGAGGCUGCGAUCCCUGCACUCACCCAAGGGGGUGUGGGCCAUGGGGACUGCCAGGAGUGAGCAUUGCUGGCGUGUGGGGUGGCACAGCCCUGGCAGUCUCCAGACCCUGUGUCUGCUAUCAGGCAGUGCCUGUCCUCCCACGGUCACACUGUCCUGUGUGGUGGCACUGAGCUGCUCUGUGUGUGUGCCUGUCUGCGUGCUCUGCUGAGUCCCUGUGUGUGUCCCUGCUUACGUACUUCUGUCCUUGGUCUUAAAUAGGAAAGGUAGAAAAAUCCUUUCUGUGCGUCUUUCAGUGGCAAUUAAAGCAGAGCUAGCUGAGUGGCUCUAAUGAUAAGGAACUGCUGUGGGCUGUUUAGGUGUAUCUCUCUCUUAUUUGGAGUGAUAGUUAUGAUGUUCUUAAUCAUACUCGAUUCAUGUUGGGUCCAGCUGCUCUUUCCUUUGGCAAAUGGGAAGAAAGUUCAUUAAUUUCCUUUCAUUAUAGUUCAUUAAGCUUGGUGAGGAGCUGGAGGGUUGUUGAACGCUCUGAACAUGAGUGCUCUGCUCAUUGUCAGCCCCAGUUCAGCUGCUGCUGCUACAGGCUUCCCACUCCUAGGCAAAUUUUAGCUCUGUCAUCAGGAAUAAGAAUUGUGCAGGAAACUUUCAUUUCCACCCCCACUUUGUUGGGGGAAGAAAAAAAAAAAGUUAUCCCCUCGUGCUGAGAGAAAAAGGAGUUGUUUUAAAUGCAUUCGUCUGAAGAGAGAAAGGAGGAAGUCGCCAUUUCUUCAGUUCUUCUGGGUUUCAGUGCUGGCUGUGAAACAGGGAAGCAUGGGGGCUGGAGCAGGAUCCCCACAUCCUGUGUGUUCCUUACCCAGCAGGCUGCCAGGGUUUCUCCAGGGUGAUGCUGGGUUUGGGCUGAUGGGAUGCUGCUGGAGGUCUGCUCUCCAGUUAUGUCCCCAGGCCAUGGAGGGAGCCUCACUGAGCAGCUCUUCUGCUUGGACAAGAGAGGUCAAAGCUUUCUGUUGGUGGGGGGGAAAGCUGUGACAAACAGUGACUUCAUGACUGCCUCAUCUCAGAAGUUGGUUCUGCCAGCUGGUGUGAGUAUAUGGAGGAGGAGAUGUUUCACAGUUCUGGUGACUGUGAGCUGCCUGUGAACGAAUGUUUGCAUUAGCAGCACGCCUUCUGAGCACCUGACAGCAUCUCCUUUCUGCUCAUCCCUGAUGCACAGACAGCCACCAAGGAGUCACCUCAGCUUGAAGAUUUGAGCACGAGGGGCAGGGUCAGGCUCAGCACUGCUGCCCCGGGGCACACAGUGGGAUGGAGAUGGCACUCCAUUUCACUCCCAGUUCAGCAAAGCGUAACACUUCUUGGUUUCUGAGCUCUUUAAAAAUAUGAGAAAAGUGCCCUGUGUUUGUCUCUUUCUUUCUGUGAUCGUGCAGAGGAGGGUGUGGGUGACCCUUGUGCUUCAACCUGAAGCAAGAUCUGGUAUGAUUUGCAUCUGUGCCACCUCUGAAGGUGGGGACAGAGGUGUAAGGUGCAAUUGCUCUGUGCUGAGCUGAGGCACUUCUGAGCUGCUCCCACCCCUUUUGUCCAUGCAAAGUAAGCUAUGUAAGGAAAACUCUGUAGUGGCUUGAGUAGGAUCACAGAACAGCUGAGGUCAUCUUGUCCAGCCCUCGCUCAGCAGGGGCACCUGUAGCAGGUUGCCCAGAACUGUGUUCAGGCUGCUGUUAAUAACUUCAUGAAUGAUUUCAGAUGGUAAGUACAGAAAAGGAUUGAAAGUGCACCCAUGUGGGCACAGGGAGCGAAAUGCAGGCAUCCAUGUUUUUAGAUAGCUUAAUGCUACAGGAAACUAACAAAAUGCCGUCUCACUUCAUAGUGCUGUUGUAAGUAUAGAACAUCUUUAUAGAAGAGCUCAUUUUUUAUAGGUUUCUUUUGUGGGAUAUGCAUAAGGAGCAGCUGAUGCUUCGUAUCGUAUUUGCUUACAGCAAUAUGAGAUAUACACAAGUCAAAAAGCUUUCAGGAUUUGCACAUGGAAGCAUGAGAGGUUGUCUUGUUUCUUGUUUUGCUUUCACAAGCCAUAAGAGUUAAAGUCAAAUUAACCCGGGGCACACUGUAGAAAUAGACCAACGCUGAUAAUUGCCUGAGUGUCUUUCAUGUGUAAUGUAGUCUUUGGUUCUGAAUUAAAUAAUGUGCUUUGUAAUAUGUAACCACCAUGCAGGCUAUUUGCUGUGGUUAUAACACUGUUGGCCAAGCUAAUCACAGAGCAGUGUGAGCCCAGAGCUGCGUGCACUUACACUGCCCAGGGAAAGGAACUGAAGCACAGUGGCUGCAAAGCAAAGCGAUCUGCAGAGCACAAUCAGAUGGAUCUGAAUGCCGGCAAAGGCUGGCAUUUCUCUUAUUCCUACUCACUGUUAUAACUGCCAGCGGGGCAUUAACCACGUCCUCUGAAAUCUGUAUUUCCACAGUGUUGUCAUGUUCUUACAGCUGUCCUGCCUGUCAGUGCUCUCGCUGGUGGGUACCCGUCCGUGCAAAUCCACAGCAGGAGUUUUAUAAUGACAGUGCAUUAGGAUAGAAGGAGCGUCACCAAGAAAGCUUGAAAAAGGGAAAAAAAAAAAGUGCCGACGAAGGAUGGCAGCAAGGAUUUUUGUUGAACGGUGGAAAUAGGAGAAAGCAGUGACUGAGAUCUUGGCUCCCUCCUGCGCUGUUGGAAUCACCAGGAUUACAGUGGUAACCUCUCUGAGCUGUUGCUCCCAAGGAUGUCCCUGGGCUGUCAGCACUGCAGAGCCCGGAGGGCACCUGGUGAGCGGCACCAGCUUGGUGCUGGGCUCAGCCUUGUGGCAGCCUGGGCAACUCCCCUCCUGGGCAGCCCUCCUGCACCUGUCUGCAUUGCUGGAGAGCAGUUUCACCCAUUGCAGAGAUGCUCAGAGCUGGAGGUGUGGAUGUGGCUGGCAGGGUGCAGGCAGCAGUGCCUGGUGCUGUGUGUCACUGAGCGCUGCCUUGCACAGCUUUUGUUCUGAGAUGUGUUUGUAACUCUUGGAGUAGAAAUGAACCGUGAUGCUGAAGUGAAUGUGAAUUUACGCAGCUUUUCAGACAGAGAAAAGUAAUUUUGUAACGUCCAUUGAAAUAAAGCGAAUCUGAGCUUCU